UUGUACCCCGCCAUCACGAAUAUACAUUUUGCAGAUAAGCGUCGCGGGAGUUUAUUAUUUUGUCCAUGCAAUGAUGGCGUCAGCUCCGAUUCUCUCGACUCCAGAUACGCAUCUACUAGAAGCCACAGAGCCUGUGGCUAAACUCAACGAUUCACAAUCUCCCCGUUCCGAUGAAGAACUCUCCAUUAUCUAUGAUAUUGAACGAACACUGGCUGAAAUACGCCAAACUCGGUGGAAACGUAUCGCCCUUCAGUUUCCUGAUGAAAUGCUCCCGGAUGCUCCACGAAUCUUUCAACUCUUGACUCGGGGGUUGCAGAAGAAGAAUGUGAAGUCGAGUGGUGAUACCGACCCAAAAGUCGCGCAAAUUACGGACGCAGAUUCGGAAACUACACUGGCCGAAAAGACAUCUCAGCUAGGGUUAGAAGAGGACCAACCCCUCGACAACCUGCCACGGAGAUUCUAUAUCUUGGCUGACACUUCUUACGGCACUUGCUGUGUUGAUGAGGUUGCCGCGGAACAUGUCGAUGCCGACGCUGUUGUACACUACGGACGAGCCUGUCUAUCCCCGACGUCACGACUACCUGUGAUCUACGUUUUCACACACAGACCUCUUCCUAUUGAGCCGCUCGUCAAAGCGUUCAAAAGUACAUAUACCGACCUUACCGCGAAGAUAAUUAUAGCUGCCGAUGUGACAUACACGGAUCAUGUCCAAGACGUGCAUGAUCGACUUGUGCAGGAAGGAUAUACCAAUCUUUUCGCGGCCCAUGUAGUACAUAAUCCUGCAUCUGCCAUUCCAAAUCGCACGGUUCCGGCAUCCGUCGAAGAGAGUGCUGAUUCGUUAAGUGAAUGGGAAUUAUUUCAUAUCUCGGAUCCGCCUACCGCUCUCCUACUCACUCUCUCGUCGAAAGUCGCGGCCAUACAUAUAUAUCCAACGGAAAAUGUCGAUUCUGAACAAGACAUAACACCACUUCAAGCGUCUACCACAGCAGCGUUACGUCGUCGAUACGGCGUCUUGGUUUCAUUGAGCACGGCGCCUAUAUUCGGUAUUCUUGUCAAUACAUUAAGCGUCAAAAACUACCUUCAUAUCGUAGAUCAUGUCAGGAAGCAAAUUGCCGCUGCCGGGAAAAAGAGUUAUAUGUUUGUUGUUGGCAAACUCAACGCUGCAAAAGUCGCCAACUUCAGCGAGAUAGAAGGGUGGGUCGUGAUUGGAUGCUGGGAGAGUUCUCUAGUGGACAGUAAGGACUUUUGGAAACCAGUGAUCACACCCUACGAGUUAGAGCUCGCCCUACAGAGUGAUGAUACUCGGAUAUGGUCGGGCGCAUGGAGAAGCGACUACCAGGCCGUCCUUGAUGCCUCUUCCACACCUGCACCGAAUGCGACCGCCGAGCUAGAUGAAGUCGACGACAACGACGGCUCUGAAUCCGAAUCUGCGCCUCCCGAAUUCGACUUCAGAACUGGUCAAUUCGUCACUACCUCCCGCCCAAUGCAGUACACGAGCAGUGGCAGCCAUAGACGUGCAGGGGGGAAUAGUACGACUUUGGCGAAACGGGCAAAAGGCGACCUCGCUAUGAUCGGUAACACGAUAUCUCCAGGGGCGGAAUUCUUGCGGUCGCAAAGGACAUGGAAAGGGCUCGGAAGCGACUUUGAGAUCAAGUAUGAGGAAGAUGACGAGGUGAGUGGUUCGGCUGUUGUAGAAGGGCGUAGGGGCAUCGCAAGGGGUUAUGCGGUCGGCGAUUCCUCCGAUCAAACUAUUUUCCAACUAUACCACACCUCCUCCUACCUUCGAAACUUUCUACAGUCGUACCCGACAGCAUGGAAAUUCUUAUCCUUUCGUUUACUCUUCCCAUCAGGCUCACAAAAUCGACCAUUGUUGAUGGGCAGUCCCGAUCCUGCUAGCUCGCGUCAGUCGCGACCCUACGCUUUGGAUCAGUUGUUGAUGCUGGUCGUCAUCCCUAUCAGCCCUUGUUUGAAAAGCCUGGAGCUUGACAACACCGCCGUGUCUGGGCAGAUCCUUAUAUCCACCGUCCUUCACUCCCGACGAGAGACAUUAGAACAUCUAUCUGUGCGGGGUUGCAAAAAUGUGUCUCUCAAAUACCACAUCAUUCCGUAUCUCACGAUGUAUGGUUUGCAAUACGAUGUUGAUAUGGGAAAUUCUGGUUCUGUGGCCAAGCAGAAACUGGCUUUGAAGAGCCUCUAUACUUAUCGUUGCCGGCACCAUCGACGUCGUCCGUAUCUUGGGACUUCCUUGGCACGUCGUGACUCAGACGCAGAGCCUACACAUGAACUUGUCAACCUCUGUCACAAACUGGGAAUAUGGACCGAUACCGCCUGGUGUACUACUCCCGCAGGCCGAUGUCUUCGACGGCGUGGAUAUGUGUCUAUGAGGGUCCCACAUGGCGCCCCUGAAGUCUGGGUUGUAUUCGAUCGUCUAUGGAGGUCGAAGAACUGGCUUGGGCCGAUGAAUUUGCGAAAUCCACAGGAUAGUAAACGGGAUGGGAGACUGUGGGAGCAAGAAGAAACGGGAUACCACGGCGAAGCCUUAGGCACGGGAGAUUGGUAUGGCGUUGGUGAUGGAAAAUUCGUCCCCGCUCAUUUACGGUAUAGUCACAGAUUCUUCGUUGAGAGCAUCAAGUGCGAUAAUUGCUCAGAGCCGAUAGGCGAGCGAUGCGAGCAAUGCAGCGUCAUCAUGCAUUGUGUCGGGUGUCGGAAAACACUGUGUGCGAGCUGUGCAUAUAGCUAUCCCUACAUCCAAAGCCAGGUUACAUGGUCACAAUCAGCAUUAACACCAAUGACUAACCCCUUGUGGUGGGCACCAAAUGCCACAGUUUCUCCUUGCAACAUGCAUGAUCCACCACCAGACUCAAAUGUUGAUAAUAUUCCGAAUCCUGCUGCUUCAAUUCAAUACCCAAAUCUGACCUUCCAUUGGUGCUGCACAGAACCCAUUUUCUCAGGUGGUGGAGGUAUCAGCGUUGGGACGACGACACGUGAUGUUGAUGUGAUUCGAGCGGCGCCUCUACCGAAGGCUCGUGGGUGGGAAGACCCAGAAUUUCCGGGUUGUGCAUCCCACAGUCAUAACACAGAGAACUCAUCAGAAACCAGCACUUCCGAGGGUUUACACCAACUGAUUGGGCCACAAGACCGCCAGGUAUCGUCAUGCCCUCGCAAUCUGUGCGGUGACUGCUAUAAUUCUCCUCAGUGGAAGGUACAGUGCAAGAGCUGUUCGAAACCGCUUUGCAAAGAACACGACCUUCGCGGAUUACGCUUACGCAUCUGCGGAUAUAAAGAGCUUGCUGUUGAGAAAGCUGCUUUACAAUCCAUACCACUCCCUGGACCUUCAAGAACGAACAGUUCCAAUCCAUCAACUCAAGCUGGGCCGUCAUUCUUCAGACCUCGUAUCAACACGGCCGCUGCUUUCAUGUCACAAUUACAAUCGCAAGGCCCGACACCCAACAUGGACCGCGAUUCACCUUCUGCUUCAAGCAGUGUCGCAGGAGACCACGUUGGACAAGGGGUAGGUGAGAUGCAUCCGGCAGCCCUACAAGAUUUCAUUCGAGCGCGGGGACAUGCAGAAGAAGGUAUGGCAACAGGACGGCGCGCUGGACGCAGCCGAUCGCCAACCUAUUCAAGCCUGUCUCGGUCAUCUUCACGUUCUUCCGUAUACUACGAUGCUGCCGCUGAGAUCACCAAAUGGCAAGGGUGCCGGUCAUACUUUUGUCCUCAAUACAGGCCUUUGGGAGACCAACGUCAACGAUGCCCUAGUGUCUUGAGGGAAUGCACAAAUUGCUCGAUCAACGUGUGUCAAGACUGUGUCAACAACAACCCACCUUGUUCCUGCUCUUAUUGCGAGGUCAACUACUUGUGCCCAAACUGUCUGAAAAUCAGAGAAGAAGAUGGUACGUGCCGACGCGUUGAGGAGGAAAAAGCUAGAAAGGAAGAAAAAUGGAAGCGAGAUAUGGAAAUGCUGGAGGACAUACUUGAACGAAAGAUUGCCAACGAAGUUGCCGAGUUUGCUGGUGAAUUUCUGGAUCUUAUCUCUGAUGGCAUGCGUACAAAUCUGCUGAGUGAUUUCCACCGUUCAUUAGAGCAGAUGUCUGCGCUGGCCCAAGGUAAUAUGGCUAGUGAUCCCGCACAUCAUCCUCUUUCGCAGCUUCAACAGCAACUACCACAAGCAGGCUUGCUUCAGACGCAUGAUGAAGGUGAUAUUGAGCAUGGUCAAUUCACAUUUGAUCAUAACAAUUCAGACGAGGAUAUGAUCAAUGAUGAACUCAUCACCCCGAUCGCAGACUGA